AUCUCAUCUCUCUGGCUUUACCAAAAUCUUCCAUUCCUCAACAACCGCCGUCGCCAUGGAAGCACAAAACGACUACGACGCCUCCUUCAGCUCCACCACGAGCUGGACAAUCACCGGUGGCUCUCUGGAUAAUACCGUCACCGUCCAGUCCUCUUUAGCUCUGAUCACCGACAACAAUGGCGAUGACGAUGAUGUAAACGCCCUCCAAUCGGCUCUCAAAUCUCCCCUCCUUUUGUGCCCUAGCUCUCCUGAUUCCGCCCCCUGCGAGAUCAAAAUUGCUUUUGCUCAAAAACGUGCGGUGAGGCAGGUUUAUGUUCGAAGUACUGCUCAAGUAUUUGAAAUAUACUAUGCGCCUUCACUUCAGUCCAUAAAUGAGUUUCUUUGUACCCUUCACUGUGAAGCUGCCUUGAUACAUCCAAAUGGAGCUGUGAAAAGACUGGAUGUAAAGAGUAUACACAGUGAAAGUAAUUCAAGCACAAGUGAAGAUGACUGGGUUGAAGUGAAAGCUCAUGAUUCUUUGGUAGUUGAUAAUGCAAAUGGUUCUUUGCCGUCAAAUUUUAAUAGAAGUGCACAGGAUUUGUAUGAGGCCACUGCAGAGAUUAGCGAUGCAAACCCUUGCAUUUCCAUCACCCUUCGGCUGCUUUCACUUCAGGAUAGAGGCUGUCUCUUUGUUGAUGAAGUCUAUGUCUUUGCUGAUACCCUUGAUUUAGAUGAAUCAGAAAACCAGUCGGACCAAAUGGGAAACCUAGGUGGAAGUACUCUUAUGGCCAUGCUUGCUCCUACAUUUCUACAAUUAUCUAGGACAACAGAGCUUCGCCAAAUACAAAAUGAGCACACUUUUGACGCGCAGGAAAAAGAGAAGACAACCAAAAGUGGGUCAAAUACAAUUGGACUGUUGAAUUUUGCUGAUAGAACACAACAGGAAGGAAAAUCCAGUUCCUCAGAUCAGCAGCAAGUGAAGCUGCAGGAAGGUGUUGAGGUGCAUGCAAAAACAGCUCAUUGUGAGGUUCUUACUCAUGUUUCAGAUAGAGAAAGCAAGCCAUAUCGAUCACAUGUUCAUGUUGAAAGUGUCCUGGAUCAACUUGCUUCUCAUGUGAGCACAAUAGAGGACCUCUUGUUAAGGUUUGAAGAGAAAAUGUUAAAGCCCAUAAGCAGCAUUGAUGCUAGGCUUCAGCGGGUGGAGCAGCAACUUGAAGAACUUGCCAAAAAGGGCCAGAAUCAUGGAUUACCGUCUUGCAUAAGAUAUUAUGCUCCUGAAUUUUCAUGCUCUGAUUCUGAUCCUUACUCCUCUUAUAACUUUAGAAAAGAACCUGUUAGAUAUGAUUCACCCGAAUCAUUUGAGAAGGAAUCUUCUUCAUCUAAUUCUCCUAAAGCUAUGGAUCAUUUGCUAAAUGCUACUCAACCAUUCCCGAGUCUUGUAGUUACUGCUCCUGAUUUUCCCAUUGCUGAUGCUGAGGAAGAAGAUCAUGCACCAGUAGCUAAUUCACCAAAGAACAUUUUGUCAAUUGAUGAUGCCUUAGCAUUUGCCUUUGCUGAUUUCCUGUCUUCAACUUCAAUGGAUAAUCAGAAGUAUAGUCAAGCUCUUGUAGUUAAAGCUCCAGAUUUUUCAAAUGAAGAGGAUGGUAGCACUAGCAGUAGCAGAAAGGGUCUGCUAAAAUCAGAAGUUGAAAUCACAUCUUCACCUUCAACCUGUACUGAUGCAGCCAGUGGGAUGGAUUGCAUAAAAGGGUUAGAGAGUGUGGGGGAAGUGAUUUGCUCUCUUGAUGACGAGCAUUUCAACAGAGAAGCAGUUGAAGUGAAGGAACAUUCCAAGCCUCAGGAGGAAGGAGCAGAUGAUUCCCAGAUCAGGGAUGUCUGCAAAGUUGCUCUAGCCAGACAUGAAAUUGAAAAAGAUGACAUGGGAAACGUGGAGGCUAGCAAGAAGUUAAAUGAAAUUUGGGUUGUUGAGGAAACUGAAAUUCUGAACCAGUUCUUUGAAGAUCAGGGUUGUGAUGGAUCUGGUACUACCCAUGGAGAGGCUGAAAACUCUGAACUCAAAGUAGAAGCUACAAAAGAAUGGUCCUCUGGAGGUAUUCUACAAAAUUUUCUUGCGUUUCCACAAGCUGCUUCUAUGGUAGAUUUCGAAACUCCAAUAUUCGAUGUUGACUUUAUUUCUGAAAUCAACUCCAAUAUGAAGUCUCCCUUUGAAGCCCUGUGGUAUGGCAUGUCAGUCACAGAUUAUGAAAAUCCUUGCAUAGAAAAGUGUGACGAUGGUUUCUCAAUUGGUGAGCAAUCUGGCUUGCUUCAGGUGGUGGAUGAGGAGGAGACUGGUCCUGCAACUGGUAGUCAUGUUCUGUUGGAUGAGACUAUUUACAGUGUAAGCAAUAUCCCUCUAAACAUAGACAGUGAAAAACUGGGGGACUACCAUGCAUGCAGCCAUCAGGAAAUUUCGACUGCAAGUCUAAUAUGAAAAUGCAGCCAGUGUUUCUGCUAAUAUAGCCUGUAAAUAGUCUGCUUUGCAAGGAAAAAUAGUUUGGAACUAAUUUCUUUUUCUUGUAAGUCUUUACCUCUUUGUAUAUAGCAGCAGAAGCUGAUUCAAAGUGUAUUUUCUUUUUCUUUUUCCUUUUUUAAAUAGGAAAACUGAUUUAAGGUUUGAUGCUUUAUGAUUGGUGUAAGCUAUGAGAACAGUCGUUUAAUAAUCUGAAUGUGUUUUU